CAUAGCUUGAAAAAGGUAUACUUGUAGAUUUCGAAAGGAAAACCUCGCGUUGUGUAACUCUUUCGCCAUAGUAAGAUCAAUUAAUCCAAGAACAAGAUUAAAUUUGAAGGCUAAAUAUCAAACUUCAUGCUAUACUUCGGUCUAGUGCUGCUGCUGGUCAGCGGUUGUGCACCAUUCUCUAUAAAGCAACAUUAUGCCCAAAGCCCAGAAUGUGGACACGUCGAAGGCAAUUUGCUCCAAAGUCCAGGAUAUCCACAUAAUUACCCAACCAACACCCACUGCGCCUACGCUAUUCCUCUUGACAAAAAUAAAGCAUUGAAACUACAGUUUCUUCAUUUUGACGUGGAGCCAUCGGUUGACUGCAGUUACGAUUAUGUAGAAGUGAAAGACCAAGAAGUAAGUUAUGGAAAGUACUGUGGCAACACCUUACAAGGUGACGAAAUGGUGAUUGACGACACGCCAUUUGUAUACAUCGAAUUUCACUCUGACAAAUCUCUCACUAAAACUGGGUUCCAAAUAAAAUUGGAAGACGUCGAUAAAGGGCAUGUUAAUGGAGGGCACGAGGUCGAAACGGUAACGGUUGCAAACACCGAGGCACUCCACUUGAAGCCAACAACACCUCUUGAUUUUAAAACACCGUCAAAACCAAAAGCAGCCUCCGAGUACAACGAAAAACAAACUACUUUACCGUCUACUGCUGAAACCAAUCAACCCAAUCCUUUCACAGAAUUUAAAACUUCCGAAGCUAUACCCGAUAUCUUUCCAACAAAUAAUAGAGCUACAUCCGAUAUUUUUCCUACGAAAGACACUACACCUGAUGCCUUCCCGACAAACGAAGCCACACACGAGUUCUUCCCGACAAACGAAGYCACACCCAACGUAUUCCGAACAAACGAAAAAACACCCGAUGCCUUCCCGACAAACGAAGCCACACACGAAGUCUUCCCGACAAACGAAGCCACACACGAGUUCUUCCCGACAAACGAAGCCACACCAAAUGUAUUCCGAACAAACGAAAAAACACCCGAUGUCUUCCCGACAAACGAAGCCACACCCGAAGUCUUCCCGACAAAUGAAGAAGGAACAACCGAUGUCUUUCCUACAAACGAAGCCACAUCCGAUGUCUUUCCAACAAAUAAAGCUGCAACCGAUGUUUUCCCGACAAACGAGUAUAGCCAAACUGCCUCGGAGACUAUUGAAAUGACAAAAGCAAAGCCAACYACCAAUGAACGUCUAGACAGAUUUGUCACAACUAAAGAAAGCAACAUUCCUGACUCUUCUCCAGAUAAACGACAAAUGAAACAAGGAAUUUCAAAUGACAAYAGUGAAGAAGAUCCCUCUGCUACUACUAGUGCUGAACUAAAUGCAACAGACGCCAUGAUAAAUGCCUCGGCAUCAUCGGUAAACGAAAGCUUUCCUACUGAAGUUCCAAUGUGGAAUGAAAGUAUUGUGUCCAGUAAUGUUACAGGUAGUGAAGGCGCACCAACUGAAGCGACAGAAACGCCUGAAGGGAAUGUUGAUUUGAUGAGCACCAUGUAUCCCACACUUGAGCCAGAGYCAACAAGUUACAACCCAGAACCUGAGGGCCAUGUUCUUGACAAAUUAAAACUAAUGGCCUUGCUACAGCGCAUCAAAUUUGCUGCACUACAAAUGGAAGAACUYCUCAUUGGUAAAAUUGUUGAAGAAGAAGUUCGUGAGUCGAGGAAUACCAAGGAAGCAAAGAGAGAAAUGGAUGACUUUAGAUAUGACAUUGAUUUGGGUUUUGGUCGUCGGCACAAAAGAAAGGUAAAGCGAGAUCUUGGAACAGAGUUUAUUGACGAAAUAAAAAGGAUAGACCAAGAACGAAAGAAAAAGAAACUUUCAAAACAAGCAACAGAAGUCAAAUCCCAGAAUUAAAAAAAGUUUGUGACUAUAAAGCUUUAUGAAUAGCGAAAGCUCGAAAAAAGAUUUCCAACCUUUAUUAUAAGAAUUUGAUAAUUAUAUUGUUUGUAUAAAGUGGGGUGACUCUUCAGAUAUGUAUUUGAGUGGUGUUACUAUAAUACUAUAUGUUAUAUAAUUCACUUUAUGGGUACUAAAAACAAUUUUAAAACUGUCAGUUAAGUGCAGUUAAAAUAUCAGUUGCCUUGCUUAGUUGUUGGUUAUUUGGAAGGCACAGAUAAGUGGUACGGCAUUGUUUAAAUUGRUUGAAUUUAGGAUUAAAUAUGCUUUUUAUGCUUACAUAUAAAAUGGGAUAAGCAUGUCGCGGAUGUAACUUGUGCUAAGAUCMUCAGACAUGAUCAGGCGUGACCUGGAAUAUUAAAGAAGCAGACUAUAUCCACCUAGUUUGCCACUCCUAAAA